UCAGCUUUCUAUCAUCUCUUCAUUUGCAGUUAUGGGAAUCAUACCUCCUACAACUGACCCAGUUAUGGUUUAUGCAGCUUUCUGUUUAGCAGUAGCAACUUUUGUUCUUCUUCUAAUCCGAAAUCGAUCAAAGGUUACAUCUUCGACUAGCCGUUUACCACCCGGUCCACCAGGAUGGCCGAUUAUCGGGAACAUCUUGGAUCUUGGUAUGGCACCUCAUGCAAGUUUAGCAAAGUUGCAAACCAAAUAUGGACCACUUAUUUGGUUGCGUUUAGGUUUCGUUAACACUCUUGUUAUUUCUUCCGCCGAAGGCGCCUUGGAAAUGUUCAAAAACCAUGAUAAUACUUUCUGCAACAGGUACUUGAAUGAAGCUUUGAAAAUAUGUGAGAAUUAUAAUGGUACGAUUACACUUGGUCCUUACGGACCGUAUUGGCGUAUGUUGAGACGUAUUUGUACGACAGAGCUUUUCUCUCGGAAACGUAUACUGGACACAGCUCCUCUUCGUCGGAGAUGUGUUGAUAAGCUGAUAGCAUGGAUAUCUAAAGAAGCAAAAGAAACCGGUAACAGUGUGGAGAUUGCGCGUUUCGUUUUUGCUACUUCGUUUAAUUUGAUCUCAAACCUUAUGAUCUCUAAGGAUCUUUUAGAUCCUAAGUCUACCAAGUGAAAUCAUUUCUUCGAUGUUACUUCUGAUUUAGUAGAGCUUGCAGCAAGGCCUAAUAUUGCUGAUUUCUUCCCUACGUUGAGACCCAUUGAUCCACAAGGUUUGAAGAAGAAGAUGGAAAAUAAAAUGUUGGAAGUUCUUGAAGUUGUUGGUAGUUUUGUUAAGGAACGUAGAUGCAUGAGU